AGCGUAUGUGUCGGUGAAAGGGUUUUUUUGGUCAUUGAAUUUUCAAUUCUUGGUGUGAUUUGUAGCAUUUCGCGUUGCCUGUGAAGAUUAUUUUUGUGAAAUUGUUUUGAUUUAAAAAAAUGACAUCUAUGGAAGAGAGUGAAACUCCUGAAGAGGUGAUACCUGGAAAUCCAGAUGAACUUGCCAAAAAUCCUACUGCACUUAAAGAUGCUCAUGAACAAAUGGCAGCACUAGAUAUUCUGGUCUGUGGGCAGUGUCACUCUGCAUUCCAUUUUGUAGAAGAGUUUAAAGAACAUAAAGAAGGUACCAAUUGUUCAGGAAAGUCCCCAGUAAGGGAUAGUAAUGAAAGUAAGGCACAGGUGUGGGCAUUCCUGUUAUGGAAAUGUUCUUCUGCUCGAGAAGGCUCCGCUGUUAGCACAGACAACAGCUGGAAACUGUAUCAGCAGUGGUGCCGGAUGCCAGAAGCACAACGUAAUGCCUGGAUCACAGCUGGACAGAAUGUACAGUCACUAUCUAAAUAUGCACAUGCUAAAGUCAUGGAGUUGAAAGUAGAGGACCAACAGGUACCUGUAACACCUGGCCAUGAAAUAAAGAAACGAGGUAGACCAAAAAAAAUACUCAAGCAGGAUGACAUGGAAGCUGUACCAUCCGGAGAAGAAAGUGAAGAAACCAAAAGUCAUUUAACACCGAAGAUUACUCACAAAACGCCUCUGGCAACAAAUAUAAAGUCAAAGGAUCUAAACGACUCCGUGCGUAACGCCCAAGAGCGCGUGCCUCCCGAGGAGCGCAUCGCGCGGCGCACGGAGCGGCAGGGCGACCCGGCGGAGGCUGGAGAGUACGUUGUCGAGAAAAUACUCGCCAAACGGUUCAACCCUCGUCGCAAGCAAUAUGAAUACCUGCUCAAGUGGGAGGGAUAUCCUCAUGACCAAAAUACAUGGGAGCCGGUAGAGAAUAUGGAGACCUGUAAACAUUUGCUAGAAGCAUUUGAGAAGCAGUUAGCUCGUCAAAAAGAGCUCAAGGCAUUACGUGCCCAACAACAACAGCAUCCUGUACAGGUGAAACAGACAAACACACCUUUGCCACAGGUUGUGAAGCAGGUUAUAAAGAAAACAGAGAGUCCAGUCACACCUUCAGGGCGCUUACAACGUACGAGCAAAGUUCGUGCACUAGAUCAAGUGAAGGCAUGGUGCGGUGUAGAGGAUGGCGAACCGAUGUCCAAGAAAGUCAAGAGGGAGAUGUCCAGUGAAGACGAAGACUUCUCGGAUCUUGAAUCAAAACAUGAGAAGAAGAUAGUGAAUGGACAAUCUUCACCAAAGUCAACGUUAGACCCUGAGCUGGUAAAAUCGCUCGGUCUGGGCGGGAAGGGUAUGCCGAACAUCAAAGGGGUUAUUAAAGUUGACCCUAAACAUAUGCCUAAUCUUUCUACAGGAGUGUACAUAAUGUCCAAAAGCUCAGGGAUAAUGAAGAUUGAUUCUCCAGGGAAAUUAGGACCGGGUCUUAAUAUUGACCAGGAUGCUAUUAGAAAACAGAUAAUGGCUGCAAAACAGAAAGUGGAGGAAACCAAAAAAAUUUCAUCAUCACCCCGUCCACCAAUACCGUCACAGAUAAAGAAAACAUUUACCUCGGGAGGUCAGCAAGUUACAGAAAAAACAAUAAUAACACCAUCAGGACAAAAGAUCAUUCAGCGCACAAUACAGCGGCCAGCUGGAAUUAGUUCUGAUAAGUCACCUGUAACUAUCCUCAAUAAGAAACUUGCUCAAGGGGAUAGCUUGCUACGUCGUGGUGGAAGCAGUCGGGGGCGGGGCCGCGGUGGUUACUCUAUAUCCACAGCAGGUGGAAAUAUCGUUCGUAUCAGAGACAAAGCACCUGUACCAGUAUCAUUUGAUUUUGAACAGUCAGAUGCGUCGUCGGACACAUCGGACGGCAUCGAGGACCCGUUCCCGCGCGACCUCGGGCCGCUGCCCCCGGACAGUCCGCCGCGGGAGCUGACGCUGUGUCCGCUGACCGGGCGCCGCCUCGCGCGCGCCGAGGGCGAGCCCACGCCGCCGCCCACUCCGCCCCCUGCGCCCCUCACUCCGCCGCCCACAUCCGCGCCCGCCACGCUACUCAUGAAGGUUGAAAUGUCACCUGGAGGAACUACGGGGAUGCUCGUACAAGGUGAGGGCGCUCAACCGUCUCUGCCAGUACUCACAGACGACGACGGCACUGAAGUGAAAGUAGAAGCUAGUGCAGUGAAACAACUUUUAGAAGAAGGUGUUGGUGUCGAUGAAAGUGAAGAAGUUGGGUUAUUAGACGCGGGACACGCGCCUAUCAUGAUUCGGGGAGAGGAUGGUGUGUUGUACCAGGUGGCUGGUGAAAACGAGGCUGGGCAAACGUUAUUGGUGGCUGCGGAAGGCGUCGAGGGUGCAGUGGAGGGAGCCGUCGAGGGUGAAGGUGACGUCAUGUACGUUACUAGAGAAGAUGGACAGGAUGUACUGGCGAUCGACGGGUCGGGCCUGGCGCAGCUGGUGCCGAGCGACGGUCCGCUGCAGCAGGUCGCGGUGCAGGUCGAGGGCGAGCCCGGCGAGGACGCCACGCAAGUCGUCGCGCAGCUGCUGCAGACUGACCUACCCAGUCCUGGUGGAACGCGGCGAGUCGUCUUAUUGUUGCCCGACGGUACGCUCACAGUUACAGAGCUCGACAAGGAACAGUACGAAUCUAUUACAGAAGCAGGCAAAGCACAAGAAUAACAUUAUGUAGCCAUUGACAAUGAUAUUCCAUAUAUCAAAAGUGAUGUCUUAACUGUGGACCGAACAUUAUUGAAUUGUUUCAAUUAAACAAACGUGACUGAUACAGCUCUGAUUUAGAGUAAGUGGAAAAGGAUGAUACUAUUUUUUUUAAUUGCCUUGAAAUGGUUCAUAGUAAAUGUUUGUUUUUACUCAAUCUAGGCACAUCUUGUCAUAUUAAAUAUAGAAGUUGAGUAUUUAAAUGAUAGCAAUUAGCUUAAACAUAAAUAAGAGUGGUAUUGUAGGAUGAUAUUUGGUUGUUUGCAUUGCAGUUUGUAACUCAACAUUUUAUUUGUGAGUUGCAUACUGGGAUGGUCAUCAUUAGAAUUUGUUGACAGUGCAGGUACAUUAAAUUGCAAAUGAAGUGUUUUCAGGAAAAUGACAUCUAAAUCUAGUAACAAGUUGUAUAAGAUUUUUGAGGAUUCUAGUAAAAGUUUAUGAAAAUAAAUUAGAUAUCGUUUGAUUACAUGAUGAAGCCUCCAAAAAUUACGUUUGCCUCGAAGAAAAAUAUGCGUCUUACCUAUCAGUCGGUAAAAAACUAUUCGGCUUAUUAAGAAGGCAUUUGUGCGAAUGUGAUUAAAAUUUCGACCUCAUGGCACAAGCUGGUGGCAUUCAAAAGAUAUAUUUUGCCCUUUUAAUGCCCUUUCAUGCCCUUUUAACACCAGAUGUGUCAAUAGUUUGUCCAUUGAUCUUUCCUAUCUAUCAAAAGGAGCUCUACGCCAUAACAAGUUCUAACUAACGAGGCAGUUAAAUAACGGAAUCUAUUCCGUUAUUUCGCAAUAAUGAGCAUAACUUAAAACAUAAUUUCAGUACUAUUUGUCCAUAAGCAACGACAAUUUGACACGAUGAUGUGAUGCUUUGAAAUGGAAAAUGAAAUCAAUAUCAAUAUUAAUUCAUUAGAUAUUGUUAAGCUGCAGUGAAUGUCUGUAGCAAAAUAAUUAUGUCAGUCAAUGUAGGUUAAUGAAACUGAGGAAGACUGUGUCUAGCUGGUAUUUUUAAAUUGAAAAGAGGAACAAAAUGAAAAACAUUGUUUUAUAUAUGUUGUUUGCCUUCGUUAAAUAUAAACAAAAAAUGUUUAUCUAUUUUGAAUUUAAUUUAAAAAAAGGCUUAAUAGUAUCCAUACUACCAGUUCGCAUAAAGUUAUUACAUCUUUGGUAAAUCAUCGAAUUCAUUAGGGUUUCUAUGAUGACGUUAAUAUUGAUGGGGCCGUAAACUUGCAAACUAUCCAUUCAUAUCAACAAAAAAUACAUUGUAAAUAAUCAUAUUCAUCAUUAGAGAUCAGGCUAGUGUAAUUGUAAGUUAGUUUUAAGGAGCUUGUGCAAGUUAAGAAAAAUGCAUACUUUGUAAAAAAAAACAGUAAAAUCUAUUCAAAUAAAUAUUACUAAUAUAUGGAAGCUGCAGGCUUUUUAAAGAUUUAUAAAUAGUAAAGUUAUUUAAGCAUUAAUCAAGACGUAAUUACAGGGGAACCUUUUGCAUUAUCACAAAAAUAAAAUGACUUGCAUAAGCUUUUAUUUUUAGUUUAUUUUUGUAAUUACAUAUAUCAUAAUAUUAUUUUGUAUGAUAAUUAAAAUAAAAUA